ACCUUUAGAAAGAUUAAACGUAAACAAACGAGAGCUGGGUCGGUCUCGAGGGCAAGCAAGGUUUUUUGUCUUCGAUUUCCCAGCGAAAGUAGCCGAUAGGCAGAAGUCAUGCGGAUUCUUGCUGCUCGCUUAGCCAAUUACUGUUGCAGAGGGAGAUAUGGGUAUCUUCGAUCUCGCAAUUUCUCGUCUUUGAAGAAGAAAGACGAUAUCACCAUUGAAGAGGAAGUUGAGAGGAAAACUGGGUGGUUGCUGAAACUUAUCUUUGCUGGGACAGCAACGGCUAUUGGAUAUCAGAUCUUCCCUUAUAUGGGAGAUAACUUGCUUCAGCAAUCUAUAUCGCUUUUACAUGUCAAGGAUCCAUUGUUUAAGAGAAUGGGAGCUUCUAGGCUUGCCCGUUUUGCCGUUGACGAUGGAAGAAGAAUGAAGAUUGUGCAAAUGGGAGGGGCUCAAGAGCUUCUCAACAUGUUGGGGGCUGCUAAAGACGACAAGACGAGGAAAGAAGCUCUAAAAGCUCUUGCCGUCAUCUCAAAAUCAGAUGAAGCUGCAAACUUCCUGCGCAGUAAAGGAGCACUCUUUAUUGUCAAGUCGGCUCCAGAUUCACCAGAGGAUUCAGAUAUCACUACGUAUAAGUCAAGUAUACUGAAGAAGUUAGAGGAUUGAAGAAACAGUUGUUGUUGUUUUCCAACUAAGGUACACAUUUUGUUAGAAAAACCAGUUAUUGUCAUAAACCCAGAGCUUUCUGGGACCAUAGAACAUGGUGUUUUUGCAUAGACCAACUUAAUAUGUUCUUAAGCUACACUUAUCGGCAGAAAUCAGAGGUUAAGGGUCAACUGUGAUCGAUUCAGUAA